AUGGCUAAACCAAUCGCGCGCCCGCUGCUCAAUCUCAAGCACGAAACUAUUUUGAAAAAAAAGUUCGCCGUUGAGCUCUCGGGUUAUAACGCUAGCGAAGUUGACGCCUUUUUGGACCUGAUCAUUAAGGACUACCAACUUUACGACCAGCACAUCGGGACGCUCCAGGAAAUAGUCAGCGAAAAAGUUGCCUUGGUCAACGAUAAGGACGAACAGCUUGACAAACUGAAAAUUGAGAACGCCAAUUUAAAGGAACAGCUAGACUUUCUUUACCAAAACAGCACCAACCAAGUGCUCCACAAAAGGCUUUCUAAACUGGAAAAAGAGAUCGGUAAAAAGGCGGUUUAA